AUGGUUCCCACAUGUGCUACCGGAUAUCAACUCGCCCCGUUUGCCAAUCCUAAAUCUUUCCAAGAUGACUGCAGUGGCUCGAAGUCUCGCGUGAUUUGCUGUCCUGUGGAUGCUAUGCCAGAAUCGUGUACUUGGAGAGGCAGCGAGACCAGCCGUUCGUGCCAUGGUCAAUGUCAAGCUGGUGAAGUGACCCUUUUACACUCCCGCCAUUCGACUACAAACUGCUAUAAACUCGGCUUCCAGGCUGCCUGUUGUUCAGCCGGUACAUACUCGAAUCUCAUUGAUGCAUGUUACAUUGGCAAGACUUCCGACGUAACCAAUGGAUGGGGCGUCAAUAAACAGACUUGCCCCUCUGGAUACAGCAAGAUUUCUGAAGUAUUCGGAUUAGGACCAGGAGACAUUAGUUGGCUGCCAAAGGGCGGGCGUUAUUUCCCUAUAUGCUGCCCAAGUUCCAGUGCAUUCCAAAAUUGUCACUGGGUAGGCAAAGGGACCUGCGAUGACGAUGAAUGCAGCGACACAGAUGUUGAGUUCAUGACAGAUGCCUUUGGCAUGAGCAAUUCCCAAUGUGCCAAUGGUUUGAACAACCGAAAGAAGGUACUGUGCUGCAAUCAACCAAAAAAUGUCAGUCCAUUUCUGCCCGUUGCGCUGGAUAAAGUCUUCCCAACCCUUCCACAAAAGUCAGAUUAUCCAGAAUUUGACCUGCAACUUUUGGGUGGAGAUCGCAAGCCGACUGUGAAUGAACCAAACCAGCAGACAUUUGGAAUGGUGAUCAUUGACGGGCCACCGGGGACUGUCGAUAACCUCAAGUGA